GUCUCCUUACGCGUCUUUGUCGCUUAGGUGUGCAACAGCUCGGCGAAACAAACAGCUGUUCUCGUGCGUGGUAUUUUCGUGGUGCAUGAACAUUAUGUUGUGACUAAUAAGCAUUUCCACAUUUGAGUCUCCUUUCAAAUUCCGCAGUACAACACACAUUAUAACCUGUAUUACGAAAUCACGUGUAUUGGAUAGGCUAAUGUAAUGAAUUAUUGUUAAAUUAGACCUCGGUAUGCAGGAGACAGCUUGCUUUCUAAGUAAUUCAGUGUUACAGAUGUGACGGAAAAGUGACAGAAGAUCUCUCAUAAGUUAACAGGAAACGGAAAUCUAUCCAAGAUGUCUUGGAUCGAAGACCCUGGCUGGCGAGAGUUCCGGGGUUUGAAUCUCAGCAACUUGAAAGUAGAUCAAGCUUAUGUAAAUGUGACGUCACUCCUCUACAGCCCAUUAUGGCUUUACACACUUUCGGAUGAAUGUUACAAGUGUCCCUAUUCUCGACUGACCAGUAUUCCUCCCCGCCAGGGCCACAUUCUUACAAUAGAAACCAAGCACAGGGCAUCAUGGCGUCUGCUUCUGGAUGGUUCCAGGGAGGUCAUUCCACGUCAAAACAGAAGUUCCGUGAUAUGCGAACUGGAGCCAUCUGUCGGUGAAUUUGGUGUGUAUGACCUCGUUAUCAGUGGAACCGAAUCUGGGGACGUCCUGUGCUCAAUGACCACAGCCAAGGAGCCUGUCAACAUUUACUUACCGUUGCUCGUGUGUUUGCUGGGACUCGCUCUCAUAUGGCUGAUAUGCACUCUGGUGUCCAGUGGGAUCCGGAAGUGGCUGAGACACCGUAACCGAAUCAUCGAACCAACCAGUGGAUCGCAGUCCGCAUCCUUUUCGGACGGCAAAGUUUCAUCACAGCAACAGACUACGCAGAAACGUCGUUUGAAGUGUCUGGACACUUUCCGGGGAAUCGCCAUCGUUCUGAUGAUUUUCGUCAACGAUGGUGCCGGAGGAUACUGGUUCCUGGAGCACGCCACCUGGAACGGUUUGCAGCUCGCUGACCUCUUGUUCCCGUGGUUCAUGUGGAUCAUGGGGGUUUGCAUCCCAAUUUCUGUGAAGUCACAGCUCAAGCGGAACGUCCCUCGCCACACGAUGUUUUUCGGCGCAUUUCGGAGAGGCUGCAUCUUAUUCCUGUUGGGGCUGGUGCUAAAUUCCUCGUGGGGUCCGAAGUUGCAGAACUUGAGGCUGUUUGGUGUUCUUCAGAGAUUCGGAAUCGUCUACUUCUUUGUCGCGACGCUCUCCAUUUUCCUCACGUGUCGCACCUACAGGACGCCCAAGGUUCCUCUUGUUGCAGCCACUCAAGACAUCCUCGUUCUCCUUCCUCAGUGGAUUGUGAUGGCAGGCGUCGUCGCCGGACAUUGUGCCCUAACAUUUUACUUAAUCGUUCCGGAUUGCCCCAAGGGAUACCUGGGCCCGGGUGGUGUCCAAGACAAUGGGCAGUUUCGGGGCUGUAUUGGAGGGGCUACGGGCUAUUUGGACCGCCAGAUACUCGGAGAGAGUCACAUAUACAAGCGCCCUACUGCUCGGGAGGUCUACGGUUCUGGGCCUUUCGACCCGGAGGGUAUUGUGGGGUGCCUAUUAUCGGUGUUUCAAGUGUUUUUGGGGGUGCAGGCAGGCACUACCCUGUCCUUCUAUCGUGACUGGAAGGGACGAGUGACCCGAUGGAUUAUCUGGGGCACUGUGGCAGGCGUCCUGGCAGGAGUACUCUGCCUAGCCAGCAAGGAGGAAGGCUGGAUACCAGUCAACAAAAACCUGUGGUCGCUCUCCUUCGUCCUUGCAACGUCAUGCUUCGCGUUCUACCUGCUGGCCGUCUGCUACCUGCUCACUGACGUCAGAGGCUGGUGGAGUGGUGCUCCAUUUUUUUAUCCAGGAAUGAACGCCACCAUUAUGUACGUGGGACAUUCUGUGGCCUUCCGGAUGUUUCCCUGGCACUGGUCCCUACAGACCAUGAACACACACUUCAUUCUACUGGUCGAAUCUCUGUGGGGUACAGGGCUCUGGAUUUUUGUGGCUGUCUGGCUUUACCAUAUCAAAUUCUUUUUGUCACUGUAGCAAUGCGUGACGUUGCGAUAAAGGGGGACACUGAAGUGGCCCACGAACAAAGAAUACCUCAAUAAUGUUUUGUUUUAAUGAAGCCAACAUGUUGAU